AUUAUUACACAAGGCAUAAUUGUUAAUUCUACUGCAUUUGAAGACGCGGAUGAAAAAGGCCAAUUGAAUUUUGUUGGGUAUAAAGCAAAAGUUUAUCCUUUUGCAUCAGAGAGAAAAAGUAUGACUACAAUUAUUAGAUUACCCUCAUCAAGUACUUCUCAUAGUAAAGCUUCGGAACAUGUAGAAUAUCGUAUUUAUGUUAAAGGCGCAUCUGAGAUUGUUUUCGAUGGUUGUACACAUUUUGUUAAUGCUGAAGGCCAAGUGCAGAAAUUGGACGAUAGAUCUAAGCAAUAUUUCAAAGAUAUCAUAUCUGAAUAUGCUGGAAAGACUUUACGCACAAUUUGCAUGGCAUAUCGCGAUAUAACUACCAGUGAAUUUAAUCAUAUCAAUGAUGACAAUCCACCUAUUCAUGAUCUCAUUUGUUUAGGUAUAAUUGGAAUCGAGGAUCCUUUGCGUCCUGGUGUUAUAGAAUCUGUUAAAAUUUUUAAAAAGGCUGGUGUUACUGUCAGAAUGAUUACUGGUGAUAACUUAGAAACCGCAAAGGCAAUUGCAAGGAAUGCCGGUAUCUAUAAGAACGGUGUUGCUAUAACUGGUCCUGAAUUUCGUAAAAUGAGCAAAGAAGAACAGUCCCAAAUAAUACCUCGAUUAGAAGUACUUGCACGUUCUUCACCGAUGGAUAAGACUAUCGUGGUUUCUC